CCACCAUGUUGCUAUAUUCUAUUCUACUGGUGCAAGUCCUUCUGGCCAUAUGCCACAGCACCCUGGCCGAAAAAAUGAUGCGACCCAAGUUCAAGGACAUAAAGAUCUGGAGCGAGGAGAAGAUGCUCAGCCAUAAGGUAGUGUAUGACAACAGCGACCCGCACUUGAACUUCUCUAUGGAGGUGCACCAGGAGUUGCACGAUGUGGAUAUUCAUCUGGAGGUGCGCAUCGCCAACAAGCAGGACUCGAUGUAUUCCACCACUCUGAACACGACUCUGAAUGUUUGCCGCAUCCUGGGCUUCGCCAAUCAAUCACCUGUUGGGCGCUUCGUGCACGGCUUUAUCCGCGAGUAUGGCAACAUAAUCGAUAACUGCCCCAUCGCCAAGGGCCGGUUCCAUUGGCACCGUAUUCACUUACAUCGUAAAUUACAGGGAUCUUACUUCAUCAACAAGUUCUGGUGGCCUGAGGACCCGACCACCGCCAUCCUGCCUGAGCUCGAGUUCGAGAUUAUCUGGCAGGCCUUCCACAUAGACGCCAGCAAGAAGCGCACCAUGGUCAUGAAUGACCACUUCGGAGGGGAAUUCGUCGUCCAGGACGUGAACAACCUCAAGCCGGGCAUUUUUGCCAUGCUUCCCAAGGUGGCAUAGGUUGGCCGGGCCACUCGCCUUGCCCAAGAUGAGCAUUCCAGCUCAGUCGCGUGUCUCAAUGGUGUUAAAUGAAUGUAUUUUGUAGCACUUUAAUGUUAUCCAGAGCAGGCAAACAAAUCUGUCUCAA